GUUUUAAUGGACCCCCUCUUCCUCUCUCUCCCUCUCUCUUCCUCUCUCUCUUCCUCUCUCUCCCUCUCUCUCUUCUGCUCUCUUCCUCUAUCUCCCUCUCUCUCUUCCUCUCGCUUCCUCUCUCUUCCUCUCUCUCUUUCUCUCUCUUCCUCUCUCUCUUCUCUCUCUCUUCCUCUCUCUCUUUCUCUCUCUUCCUGUCUCUCCCUCUCUCUUCCUCUCUCUUCCUCUCUCUUCCUCUCUCUUACUCUCUCCCUCUCUCUCCCUCUCUCUCUUCCUCUCUCUCCCUCUCUCUCUCUAGCCUCUGAGCCCAACUUGAAGCUCCGGUCCAGGCUAAAACAGAAGGUGACAGAGCGCAGAAGUAGCCCACUGCUACGUAGGAAGGAUGGUCCAAUAAUCACUACUGCCAAGAAGCGCUCUCUGGACAUGGCUGGUAAGCUUCCGGCGCACAACUCAUCCCAAACAGAAUACGUUCCAUCUCGCACAACCCUUGCAUCUAUAACUUUAGUGCUUUUCUGUGGGUUGAAAUCGAUAGGUUUCCAACCUGGUACCUUGAUCAGUAUGCGUGUUGUGUGGGAGCCUCAUGUCUUGUGUUUUUUGUCUUUUUGCAGAAUCGGCCUGCAACAGUGCACCUGGCUCGGGCCCCAGUUCGCCCAACAACAGCUCCAGUAACAUCACCAAUGAGAAUGGCAUUGCUAGUCCAGUAGAGGUAAGCAGCCACUAUAACUUUAACCUACAUCAAGCUGUUAGCUUGCUGUGACCAUGCAGAAACCAUGGGCUUCUGAUAUACUCUUCUCUUUUCAAUCUGCUUUGAUGUUGACUCUUCCCAGUCACAUUGCAGAGGACUGUUUGCUUAAUAUGUUGGCUCACACUAUAAGGCAUGUGUGCGCGUGCAUGCGCAUGUGCUUACAUGCUUGUUUGAUCCGGUGUGACUGUUUGUUUGUGUGUGUACGUAUGGGUGCUUGUGUUUGUUUGCGUGUCUGUGCACAUGAGGGUGUAAAUGCAAGUGGCUGUGCAUAGAGUAUGUGUAUCUCUAUCCUUGUCAGUGUUUGAGUCUCUGAGUGUGUGUCUCUGUAACCAACAUGUGCUCCAGACUGCCCGUGUAGACAGGAGGCCACAGGGGCUGUGUAUUUUUGAAGAAGGGUCUAUUUAUCUGGCCAGUGUUUGAGUGUGUGUGUCUCUUUGACUGUGUGCUCCUCUGUUUCUAGGCCUCCCUGGCCCACAGGCUGGCCAGCCGAGAGGGCCCCUUGAGCCAGCUGUCUCUGUACACAUCGCCCUCACUGCCUAACAUCACCCUGGGCCUGCCAGCCACCGGCCCGUCCAGCGUGAGUUCAUACACCCACUUUCUGUCU